CCUCCCACAACCUCAGAGACUUACCCCACGACAACGCCAACCACAACCUCACCUCCCACAACCUCUGAAAUUUAUCCAACGACACCGCCAACUACAAUAAAUCCUCCAUCAACCUCAGAAAUUUACCCCACGACGCCACCAACCACAACCACUCCUCCCACAACCUCUGAGAUUUACCCUACCACUCCACCAACCACAACCACGACCACACCUUCACCAGGUUAUUGUGAUCUGAAUGCCAAAUGCAAACCUGGCGAACCUCUCAGGGAGCUUGUUGGAAUAGGGCCGUACAAAUACACCAUUGACAGAAUUAGUGACAACUCAAAGUUUGUUUAUAUUGGAAGACCUGGGUCGAUAAAUGACACUUUUGAAAUAGCUAGCGAAGAGUGCCGAAAAUGGGGGUUGAGCCUUGGUGAAAUAUAUACGCACAUUGGACUGCAAAAUAUCGUGAAAUUUAUGAAGCAGCAUUACAAGAACUGGGACACCACAUUUUGGGUAUCUGGCGAGACAGACAAAGCUCGUCCAGGUCGAUGGUUGUAUACCCCUGAAAAGAGUGUAGAGUUCAAAAUGCAGGCAUUCUGGGGAUUUAGUUCAAAAAGUUUUGAAACAGUGGGCACAAAAGAUGUCAAUGCAAACAAGGUGAUGCUUCACUGGACAGAUGACGCCAUUCUGAAAGAGAAAACCCUGACAAUGAUGGACAUUGAAGGAGACAAUGCAUAUUGUACCAAGAAAAGCUUUAUUUGUCAAUUUGAUAAGUAUCAUGAUUGUUUCAAAUCUAGUGACGAAGAAAAAGCGUUACAGGAUUUGGAUUUCCACCGAGAUGAGUUACAGCCACUUAUAGACUUGGGGGAUAAUGUUAAUAUUUCAGUUAGUUUAUUUCAGAAAAGCUUAGCGGAUGCCAAAAGAUUAUGCGAAUCAAAUAGAAAAAUAAUGUUGGACAUGCGGCUUAACAAACGACAGAGCGUAAAACUUAAUGCGGCAAUUCAGCAGUGGUUAAAGACGAAAGGUCUCGCUGGGGGAACCACGGGGUUUUGGGUGGGACCAAAUAGCUUAUUUCGACCAGGAUGUUCAACAUGUGUCCUCCCUUGGGAUUGGGUGUCGAACCUCAUUCUGGACCCAUGGAGAGACCCUGUGCUGACCUGUGGCAAUGAUCACCCAAGGAAGGGGAAGUGCCAGUAUAUUGGGAAAUGCAGUGCUUUCGGGGUUUUAGAGAGAGAACCAGCAGUGUUUCGGCUACAAAAAGUUCCUUGCGAUCUUCCUCAGUGGACACUUUGCACUCCAGGAAAUCCAGACCCAAAACCUCCGACACAAAAGAACCUGACCGCAAUUUGUGAUAAAGAAUACUUGGCUAACAAUGGAACCACAAUUUGGAGGUACGAGGAAGUCCUCGAAGGAAAUUAUACCAUUCAAAAAGUCGGGGAAGACUCCAAAUUUGUAUUUCAUACUAUUCCACCCUCUACAGAAAUGACCUUCGCUACAGCCAUGUCAGAAUGUAAUCGAUGGGGUUUAGAGAUGGCAGCUAUAAAAAGUCCUUUCGAUCAUAAUAUUAUUGUGAAUUACAUGAAAUCGAAUCAAGAUCCAUUCAAGGAUGACAAAACCACUUUUUGGAUUGCUGGCACGGAUGAAAAUCAUGACAGCUACUGGACCGAUAGUUCUCCUAGUCCAGACGAAUUGCCCUUCCAUGUUUUUUGGGGUUUAACGCCGAAAAGUUUAGAAACAACAGCAAACGCCACCACUGAAGCGAGCAACGUAAUGAUCCAUUGGAUUCAGGACACGAUGAUAAGGAAGAAAACACUGGUGAUGAUGGACGUAGAAGGUGACAACGUGUUUUAUGAGCAAAAAAGCUUCAUGUGCCAAUUUCUUAAGGGAAGCUUGUGUUACCUCAAUAGCGUGGAAGAAAUUUGGUUUGGAGAAUGGAGUUAUAAAAGUGAAGAGUGUGAACUGCUGCUGGAUCUUGGAGAUGGAAAGGACAUUUGUAUCGGCAUUCCAAAAAUCAACGUUGAAGUCCCAAGAUUUUGCGAAAGUCAAGGUAGGCAGGUAUUGGACAUUAGUGGUAUGACCAAACGGCAGAGCGAAAAAUUUUUUACUGCAUGGCAAAAAUGGAUCAAAGCACAAGAACUCCUCGGUGCCACGACUGGCUUUUGGGUUUUUGCUAACGGUCUGUUCCGACCCUCAUGCACUGUUAACUGGGACUGGGUAAAUAACGUGAUUUUGGAUCCUUGGAAUGACAAGGUCUUAAAAUAUGGAGACAAAGUUCGUAAAGGAAAUCACGAACACUAUGCGAAAUGUUUGGCAAUGGCUACGUUAAUCAAGGAGCCAAAAAUUUUCCAUUUGCAACGCGUUCCGUGCGGAUUGCCACAGUGGGCCAUAUGUGGUCCAAGUGGACCCUCCACCGAGAAACCAACUACCGAAACCCCAACUACUGAUACCCCAACUACUGAAAAUCCUUAUAACGCUACGACUCCAGCAACUCCAGCUCCUCCUCAAACCAUUUGCACAGACGAGGAUCUUUCAGCAAUAGAUCCACAUCCUGCACGCAAUCUUUCACUAAUUUGCAGUAGAGAAGGAUGGCAGAAAGAAGAUUGUGGAAAUUAUAGCAUAGUAAAAAUGGCGAAUGAUUCUAGAUUUGUGUUUUUCACUAUUCCACCUGCCGUGGAUCUCGUCUUCAAUAAGGCAGCUAAAAUCUGCCACAAUUUUGGACUCGAACUUGCAAAUAUUAAGAGCCCCACGGACAUAGCUAGGAUUGCAACGUUCAUUAAAUCACAAACUGGUCAAUUUAGCGAAGAGAAGACUACGUUCUGGAUCUCUGGAUUGGGUACCAACAAUGGUCACGAACAGGAAUGGCAGUACACUUCAGGUUCAGAAGAUGAUUUUAACUAUCAUACGUUCUGGGGGCUCACAUCACAAGGCAUAUCGACCAGAGAGGAAAAUUCCACGUGUACCACAAACAAUGUAAUGCUGCACUGGACGAAGGACAAAGAGAAAGCACUCGUCAUGACAGACGUGGAAGGCGACGAGGAUUCCUUUUACGAGCAGAAAAGUUUUAUAUGUCAAUUCUUAGAAGGGACACGCUGCGACAUGGAAAGUUACGAAGAAAUCACAUUUCACUUGAGGAAGAACGAGUGUAUAAAUUUUGCAAAUUUAGGAGGAGGACUUGAUAUAUGUAUAAGUUCUUAUCCGAGACCUAACCCAGAAGUUCCAGACUUUUGUGCCGACCAAGGAAGAGAACCGUUGGUCAUGACACAUAUUAAAAAGAGUCAGGCCAAUAAACUUUUCACGGCUUGGCAAAAGUGGUUAAAAUCAAAUGAACUAAUCGGUAGCACAGGGUUUUGGGUCGGUUCGAACGACUUGUUUUACUCCAUGUGCGAAUUAAAAUGGGAGUGGGUGGAGAACGAAAUUCUGUACCCAUGGACUGACAAGGUCCUCAAAUAUGAGGAGAAAGUGCGAGCCGGAAAACAAAAGAGUUCUGGAAAAUGUCUGGCUAUGACUACUUUGAAGAAAGAACCAAAAAUAUUUCAUAUAGCUAAAAGUCAAUGCUCUCUGCCGCAGUGGGUAUUAUGCGGUCCUCCCAGCGAUGAUGGUUCUACGACGACACAAGAUCCAACAGUGGGAUCGACAACAGAUAACCCUGACGAAACUACAACAGAAGAACUGGACCCAGACCCCGAACCUGAGCCAGAGCCUGAACCUGAGCCUGAACCUGGUGGCGACGCUACAAAAUAAUACCAUUAUCGUCUCUUAACCAUGUA